AUGAAGAGGGCUAGCAUGUCUCGUCCUGUAUGGAGCUCAGUUCAGAUGUCCUGUUCACUCUGGCUCCUCCUUCUGUGCUCUUCUAUCAGUUUUUAUCCUGCUGUGUCUGAAUUAGUGUUUUCAGUGUUACCUGAAGAUGGCGUUGGGAUUUUAAAUAGCUCUCUGAUGCUGCACUGCACAGUGUUUGACUCUGGCUUGAAGGCUCCUCUAUCAGUGAAAUGGGAGAGAGACGCUGGAGGUCUGGACAGCAGGAUUCAUCAGUUGGCCAAUGGCUCACUUUUCUUUCCCCACUUAAAAGAGGAAGAUUUUGGAAACUAUUCCUGCAGUGCAAAGAGAGGCAACAAACAGAUUCAGACCACUGUCAUGGUCAGCAAAGCAUGCCUGGAGGAUGUGUUCUUUCACCCUCAGUCCAUGAGAACUGAAGAGGGCCGUGAUGUUUUCCUUCAGUGUGUCUCGGGUGAUAGUUCUCCUCCUACUCAGAUUUCAUGGUUAAAAAAUGGCAGAGUUCUCACCAAAGGAAACCAGAUUCAGGGACAGUAUGGAGGAGGGAGUCAAAGGAAGACUUCUGGCACUUUGCACAUGGCUAACAUCACUAAAGCAGACCAAGGAGUCUACAUCUGUAUCACCCACAAUCCUCUGCUGAACAUAAGCAAAGGAAGUCAAGCAGCAACUCUGACAGUGCAUGGUUCCAAUGUAGACGUAAAGAUUAUUGAAGGCCCCCAAAAUCUUACUGUACCUGUUGAAAUGGAAGCUGCACUGCACUGCUUUGUUGAAGGCUUCCCCAUUCCCACAGUGCAGUGGUUUAAGGAUGGACAUCCAUUACCCAAUUCUUCUAGAUGGGAUCUGCAGAAGGAUGGACAACUGCUGAUUUUUCAGAGAGUAUUGUCAGAGGAUGAGGGCCUGUAUUCCUGUGAAGCUCACAAUGAGAGGCAGAAAAUGAUAUCGGAGCCAGCCUACCUCCUGCCUGCAGAACCUCCAUCCGUGACUAUCUGGCCGAUGAUGGUAACGUCUCCUGUAGGAGCUGAAGUGGCGAUUCACUGCCAGGUGUUAGGACACCCUGCCCCUUUCAUCAAGUGGUCAAAGCAGGGCCGGUCUGUCCAAACUGGAGGCAAAAUUAUCAUGAGGUUAAGAAACACAACACUCUACAUUUCAUCAGUGAGAACGUAUGAUGAAGGACAUUACACAUGCGCAGGGUCCAACACCCUGGGUCACGAUCAGAAAACCAUGACUCUCCGGGUUGCUGUGAAACCUGUCAUUGUUUCCUUCGUUGCAUCACUCACUGUCUCAGAGGGAUCACCUGUUAGUCUCCCUUGUCGAGCUAUUGGAGAUUUUCCUGUCAAAUACACUUGGAUUAGAACUGCGUCGAUACAAAAUUCACCAGAACAGUCUGGUUCAAACUCUCCGGUCUCACUCCCACAACAGAUACACAUUGAUGAUAAUGGGACAUUAGUCAUCCCCAACAUCCACUGGUCUGAUGCAGGGGAAUAUCACUGCACUGCGGAAAACAGAGUCGGUCAGGAUGUGAGAAGUCUCAUCAUAACUGUAACUGCUGAUUCAGAUGUCCCACCUGAUAAGGAACUGAGUAAAACGAUUAUGCCUACUGUUCCAGAGAUUGAGCAAGAGCUAUUUACUAAUUCCUUUCUUUAUGGUUCAAAGCUUCUGAGUAAUACAGAGACAAAUGAAUCCCUUCAGCAAACAACUAAAGAUUACACAAAGAUAUCUUUGCUAAAUGCUUUUGUGGAGGACUCACCAACAUACUUGAAUCUUGAAUCUACCCAAGACACUAUAGAGUUAAUUUCACUUAAGCCAAGUUACAUUAGCAUAGGAAGUAAUGAAAAAAUUAAACAUCCCAUUCAAACACAAAAACCAACCCCUGUGCCUCUCAAACCUACACCAUUUCCCCCACUCAAAGAGACUUUUAUACAGGAUUCGCAUGAACAUAUGCAACCAACAGAGCAGGCCACAAAACCUCCAGUAAUGAAUCCAAACACAAACAGCCCUUCGUCAGCAGACUUAUAUUCCCAUAAAAUUCAGAGCUUUUCCCUGAAAAGUGCCCAGUCCAUUAGCGGACAAACUCAGACUACAGGCUUAACUUUAAUGGAUGUAGAGAAUUUCACUGCCUCGGCUCCUGUGCAAAAGCAUCAAAAUCAGAGUCAAAUCAUCAAGCAGUCUGGAGGUACCAAGUCAUCGGUGACGAAUGACACAGACCUUGUUGAGUCACUCAAGAAAAACACCUCACAGGCCCCUAUGAGGACCACUGACAAUAAAAACAGAGAAAAGGAGAAAUCCCAAACUUGGUUGCCUGUGAUUGAGAAGCAUGACAUUCCCAUUGUGGUUGGAGUUGGUGUUUCGUUGGCAUUCAUCUUCAUUGCCAUGGCCUUUUACUCUCUGGUUCAGAAAAAUGAUCCUGCAGCUGUACCUACAGGGAGGACAGUUCCGAGGGGAAUAGGUGGGCCUUGCAGGAAUGGUGAACGUCUUGCAAUGGAAAGGACAUACGAUAACAAGGCAUUUGAAGAUGAUCAUUUGGUGGCUGUCAUUGAGCAAAGCCCCAACACAUCGGAGACAAGAGCGCUCCCAACAGAAGGCAGCCCAUCCACCUUGAUGAUGGAACCACCAUCCGAUGACUUGCAAGAGGGUGUCCAGUCCACUCAGGACAUCCCAGUUGUUGUGGAGACUCACCCAGAGCCUAGAGAAGAAGACCAGUUGGAGACUAUAUUUGAGGAGGGGAAGGUCACUCCCUCACCACAUUCUGACAUUCAGCUUCAGUGCAUGGAGGACUGGAGGAGCAGAGAGUUUGAACCAGGUCAGGACGCCCCCUCACCUCCUCCAGCCAAUCCAGCACCUGCCCAGGAGGAGGGCCUGCGCACUUCUCUUACCCUCCAGACCAGCGAUCCCUCCUCAACUCCCGUGCGCCACAGCAUCAAUAUCUCCCACAGUUUCUCUCCCCUCCUGCUGUCCCAUUGCGUGUCCCUGGGCAUGACCUCUGUGGCUGUGGAUGUGCACUUCUACCCUUCGGCCCCUUCAGCAGCCGGCCAUCCUCCAUGCCCUGCCUUUGGACCCCCAGGCCAACAGGUGAACACCAGGCUGGAGCAUGAACUGAAUGCACCCUCUGCUAGCCACAGUAAAUAACAAGAGUGUGAGACAAAUGUUGAAGUCACGAGAAAGCUCUUUUUUGAAUUGCUCACCUCAUAAGGCAAAAGGCAGUUAGGUUAAAGAUGGUGCUUAUGCUUUUUUUUUUAAAUGAUUGUCAAAUUUCCCAUGAUGAAUGGCUGCGUCUGAAUUCCCAUACUUUCACAGUAUGUACUGAAUUUGAUUGAAAUGACUUUGCAUACUACAUCCGCCAUACUGGAAUAUGUUUCUGGUAAUAUGGGAUGGCAAAUACAUUAUUGGUGGUAAAUUACUAACAAU